AUGUACGGUCAAAAGAACGCUUUGGUCGCAAGUAUUGAUUUUGUAGCGACAUUUACAUGUUCCAACAAGAGCACAACGGGCAGAGGUACAUUUGGUCAAGACUAUGCGCAUCAUGUGUCGUUCCUGAAGUACCAUGUUGUCACCGAGAGCGGAGGUAAAGGCGCUGAGUGUGCGAUUUAUACCGCUCCGUUAUGCUACCCCGGUAUCUGUGAGGCAGCUGAGUUUGCUGAUCCCACCAUUGACGUUUUCGUCAAGCGACUUCCUGCUACAUUUGGCGAUGCCAAGACGGCCCACAAUGUUUGGUUGAUUCAAGGGGGCCCUAUUUACUCCUCCAUCGCUUUGGAAUCGGACAUGGUGGAUCUGCACGAGCGACUAAAAGAGGCUGUCAACAUGUACAUGAUGGACCAUCGGGGUACAGGACGGAGAACCUUAUUUGACUGUGUCGCCGCACAAACUACGACGACCGGUUCUUUGUGGGGCCGUGAGAAAAAGUCGUCUGAAGUACCAGCUUGUGCGAAAAUUUGCGGAUGA